CUCUUUAUCUAUAAAUUCCCCUCCCCGUCCCCCACCAAAGCCUCUUAGCCAAAGACCAAUGGAAGAACUCCAGGAGGCUGAUGUUUGGUGGCCCGACGGCGGCGACGACGACGGCACCGUCUUGAAGAAGCAACCAUCCACCGGCCGGCAGCAAGCUCGACGGAAGGAGUCGGCUCCGGUCGACAUCCCCAAGGCCAGAGUUGCCGGUGCAAGUCGUUCGUGGGCGCCGCGGUGCAGCUUCCACGGUUCUUACAACAACAGCGUGCAUGGAGAUUAUAAUGAUGAUGAUGAUGAUGAUUUCGGCAACAACAGCAGCGAUGAGAGGAUUCAUCCUCACGUCAUCGUGGCUCGAAGAACAUCGGACAGGAUGGCGUUCUCGGUGUGCGUCGGCAAAGGCAGGACGCUCAAGGGACGGGAUCUUUACCGAGUCAGGAACGCCGUUCUCCGGAUGACCGGGUUCCUCGAGAGAGAACAUUAGCAUAAAUCCAAACAGUAUACAAGAGAACUUUGUACUAUAUUCAUUAAUUUUUCCUUGCUUAUACUAUCGAUAUGUGGAAUGGUUCUAAGUCAACAUUGGCAUCCAUUUAUUAUUAGUAGUAUUAAUCACUGCAAUUAUGUGUUGUUUAGA